CAGUUCUAGCCGAGAACACCUCUCCUCCGCCAACAUGAAGCUCCUGGCCGUGCUGUUCCUCGCCGUGGCGGUGUCCGCCGACGUCCGCGACGCGCUGCGCAACUCCCGCCAGGCCAUCAUCGUGAACCCGGUCCAGAUCCAGAGGCCCCUGCAGCUCGUGGCGCAGCCCGUGCUCAUCCAGCCCCAGUUCCAGCAGCGCGCCUUCCAGGUCCAGCCCCAGUUCCAGCAGCAGGUGUUCCAGGUCCAGCCCCAGUUCCAGCAGCAGGCCUACCAGCAGCAGCCCCUGUGGCGCAUCCUGCAGCACACCCAGGAGGCCGACGACAUCGGCAACUACCGUUUCAACUUCGAGACCGAGAACGGCAUCCGCCAGGCCGAGCAGGGCGUCGUCACCAACCCCGGCUCCAACUCCGAGUCCACCGCCAAGCAGGGCAACGUCGCCUACACCGCCCCCGACGGCACCCCCAUCUCCCUGAGCUACGUCGCCGACGAGAACGGCUUCCGUGCCUCCGGCGCCCACCUGCCCACCCCUCCCCCCAUCCCCGAGGCCAUCCUGCGCUCCCUGGAGCAGAACGCCCGCGAGGAGGCCUCCGGCAACUUCAGGAAGUGAGGCGCCGUCAGCCGCCGUGCUGCAGGCUGCUCUCGUUGGUGGACGUGCGGAGCGCGCCGCGGCGCUGCCCGCCGGCGCCAGUGCGUCUGCCAUGCGGCACCAGCAGCCGCACGUUUCUAGUCCAGUAUCCCACAUUGUCCAGGCGCCCUGAGAGACAAACCUGUUCCCGGCCUCUCCCCCCCCCCUCUCUCUUCGCCUCCGUGGGCCCGGCCGCACCUAUUCCUUCCAGGAUGACCAGUCUAUAGUGACAGAGCGGCUCAGCCGCGCAUCUCUUGCAAAACCAGGCCUGUGUCGUGCUUUUUUCUCUCUCACUGUAUCCCUGUGAAUCGAGGCUGUGUGUGUGACGUUGUGUUUGUGUGUGUUUGUGUGUGUAUCUUUGUGUGUGUGUGUGUGUGUGUGACGGAGGAUCUGUCCGAAUAAAGCGACCUUCCCACCUAA